AAGUGGCAUUUCUACAUGAAUGGAUUAACAACUAGCAUGGACACGAAAUCGAGUCAGAAAACCAGACGCUCAUUUAAAAAGCCCUUUAUCUUCGCAAAGAACUGUGUGUACCGCCCAAUGCGCCAGAUAAGCAAUAUGGAACGAAACCAGAAGCUACCUGUUGACAGGCCAACGUACUUCACGCUUAAUGCACCACCCUCUCUGGUACCGGCCAAAAAGUACUCGGACAUUAGCGGCUUGCCCGCCCCCUAUAUGGAUCCGCACACAAAGCUUCGUUUUGCCAAUGCCGAAGAGUACGCCUCCAUGCAGCACAUGCCAUCGGACAUCAUCAACCGGUACCUAUCGGUACGCGGCUACACUAGUGCCGUGUAAUGGUUGACGAAUGACUGCUGAAUGAGCUCUCGAAGGUCCGGUCUGCAGUUAUUUCUGACCUUACUUUUAGUUAGAAUGUAAGGUUUAUUUUUAAGUUAGAUUGUAAAGAGUUGUCAAACUGUAAGGCAGUGGCAAUAACCCCAAGAACUUUUAAUAAUAAAACAGUGAAAGUAAGCUGAAAUUA